GGCUCGUUCAAUGAAGAGUACGUCCCCACAGUGUUCGAUAAUUACGCUGGACAAAUAAACGUGGAUGGUAAGGAAUUCAACUACACUCUAUGGGACACUGCCGGCCAGGAAGUCUACGAUAGAUGUCGUGUCCUCUCCUACACUCAGACAAAUAUCUUCCUGGUGUGCUUCAGUCUCGUGAAUCCUGUGUCCUUCCAAAACAUAAGUAAAGUGUGGAUACCGGAAAUAAGGAAGGAGUGUGGCCAGAAAAUUCCCGCUAUUCUCGUUGGGACAAAAUUAGACCUACGAAGUCUCAGUGCUCCCGCAGUAACGGUGACGAAAGCUGAAGGCAAGAAGCUGGCUCGCUCCCUCAAGAUGGACGGAUAUGUAGAAUGCUCUGCCAAGACUAAUACUGGGUGCGAAGACGUAUUUCAGGCUGCAGUUAAGGCCGCCAUCACUCCCAAGCCAGAGGGAAGGUGCAUCCUACUGUGAAGUGUGGUUGCUGUGACAGACUUAUGGUGGUGCUAAACUUGUCUUCUUCACUCUUUGGGAAUGAGAUCUAUUAAGGAUAAACUCCCAUCUCGUGAAAACCAAAAAUGUAUAUUCAUUUUGAUCUAUUUUUUCCUUAAUCACCUGGCACAGUUGUCUACCAGCAGUCAUAUAACACCUGAUCGACCUCAGAACCUCCUUUACAGUAUGAGAACGAGGUCGCCGGUAUCCAACUGAAACGAUGAUAAGUGUGUGUAGAAUGAUGUAUAUAUGGUCUUUGCAAAUAUAUAGUCAACCAGGCAGUAUAUUAUUACAAGGCUUGCAAAUCAAAUUGCUACCCAGAGUUUAACAUAUAGCACUUUCAUUUACUAUGAGGAGCAACAAGAGUUUUUUGUCUGGUUAUUUGCAGAGUAGCGUAUAUUUGGUUGAACGUGUAGCGUCCGUGCUACCACUUGACUAAGGCUAUGUCCCAUAUGAGAGCGAUCUGCGGCAUCGAGUGACCGCACGAGUAAGCGCGGACAAACAUGUGUUUUCUUUUAUGUGUCCCGCGUAGAUGCAUAAAGCGUUCGCGAGGACCAGGAAACGGGAAGUAGAUGCGCGACCUGGAAGCAGCGAUCAAAUCUUUUGAUCGUCGCUUCCCCAGUCGCGCGAGUCCUCGCAUUCUACACCAAACUAACGAAGGCUACACGAGUACAUUCAUUUCCCACUGUUAACAGCUUGAUCUUGCCAAUAAAUAGAUCCUUGUGGAAUAUUAAAGUAUCUGUAAAAUGUUUCUCUUAAAUUCUGUACAGAAGAUUGUAAAGCUUUGUAUAUUCUAGAGGGUUCUGUGUUAUUCUCAACUGUACCUUCUUGAAUUGCGUAUGACUUUGCGUCCAGACCCUCUGUGUCAAUGAAGAUAUUAUGGAAAAGUGCAGCACACUUUGCAAUGUUAACAGUAGUAUUUACCUUCUUUUCGAUAGCUUUAUUUAAAAUUCGCAAUUUACUUGUACAAAUUUCAAAUGUACACCCUACAACACGCCUGGCACGUGACAAUCUGUAAUUAUUUUUUCUUUGUUGAGAAUACAGUAAAACAUAAGAAAAUUAGGAGUCUGCAAUAGGCUGGUUGGCCUGUACAUGGCAGCUCCUGUCGAGAGUUACUACCACUCUCUAUCAUCCAU